CUUUUGCAGAGGGUUUGCUGCUUUUCAGAGUUUAUAUGAAUGGUUACAUAACACUUAGUUCAGCUAUUCAGUUCAAAAAAUUGGUUUUGAAGAAACGAAACAACAACCUUCUGGACUCCUCUUUGAAAUCAUCAAACAAUAGCAGUAAUCCACCAUUCGGCGUUCCCUCUUAAUAGUUUUUGGGGAGCAGUUUUGCCCUCCGACGACCAAAAUAGGGUCGAAGAAAAGCAUCAUGGUUGCCAAGCGUCUCCCGGGAACCAUCAGGCGGAAACUUCGCGAGAGCUCAGGCAUGGGCAUUGGCAAACCGAGUGUGUCGCACGCACUUGUCGUCAUUUUCCUCGAGUUCUUCGCUUGGGGUCUCCUGACCUCGCCUAUGCUCGCACUCACCAUCGAAACUUUUCCACAACACUCUUUUCUAAUGAACGGAAUAGUACUGGGAAUUAAAGGAAUGCUGUCUUUCCUGUCGGCUCCCCUCCUCGGGGCCCUCUCCGACAACUGGGGCCGAAAAUCUUUUCUCCUCAUCAGUGUAUUUUUUACGUGCAUGCCAAUUCCCCUAAUGAUGUUAAGUUCUAUGUGGUUUUUUACAGUUUUUGCCAUGUCAGGUAUAUUUGCAGUGACUUUCUCAGUAGUUCUCGCGUAUGUCGCAGACGUCACUGCGCCUGAAGAGCGAAGUUUAGCCUAUGGCAUGGUGGCUGCCACGUUUGCUGCAAGCAUCAUUUUCAGUCCCGCAAUCGGCGAUCGUUUAGCGGAAGAGUACAAUGACAUGCUAGUUGUCGCGCUGGCCACUGCAAUUUCAGCUCUAGAUCUCUUUUUCAUCUUAGUUGCGGUGCCAGAAUCCUUGCCGGAGAAAAUCCGAAACGUCUCCUGGGGAAAACCAAUAUCGUGGGACACGGCAGAUCCCUUCGCUGCUCUCCGAAAAAUCGGACAAGAUCAGGUGGUGAUGUUAGUGUGUGGGACUGUGUUUUUGUCCUACAUUCCUGAAGCGGGACAAUUUUCUUCUCUGUUUUUGUAUCUCAAGCAAGUUAUACGCUUCUCAAGAGGAGAAGUUAUCGUGUUCAUUGCUGUCGUUGGAAUCCUGUCCGUAUUUGCACAAAGUCUCUUCUUGAGCUUCUUAGUGAAGUUCAUAGGCAACAAGAAAACAAUUCUUUGUGGCCUGGUGUUUCAACUGAUGCAACUGUCAUGGUUUGCGGUGUCAAGAGAGCGCUGGAUGAUCUGGUGUGCUGGUUGUCUGGCUGCAAUGUCCAGUAUAGUCUACCCAGCAAUAUCUGGACUGGUGUCCACUAAUGCGGAGCCAGACCAACAGGGUGUAGUGCAAGGCAUAGUGGCUGGAGUAAGAGGUCUGUGCAGUGGGCUGGGACCAGCACUCUUCGGAUUCAGUUUCUACCUCUUUGACAUCCAGUUGAAGUUUGAGGAGCCGGUCGAUGGCAUGAAUGGGUCGGCUAAAGGAGCAGCUCAUGGUCAGUUGAACGGACCACCAGCCGCUGGUAGUUCUCAAGAGCUGACCCAAGUGGCGUCGGCAGACAAUGAUUACAUACCAGGUCCUGCUUUUGCAAUAGGGGCCAUCUUGGUCGUUUUCAGUCUCUUCUCAGCCACGCUAAUUCCAGAGAACUUUUCAAAGUCAAGUAAGAGCAGCCAAUCUCCAAUUGUGAUACCAAAAACCAAAUGUGGAUUAAGGAGAAAUGGAAAGUCGAGUCCCUCUCUCUCGGACGCUGAGGACGAGGAGGAGACAGAAGGGUUCCUCAUAUCGACCAAAAGUGUGAACAGCUCCUCUUCUUCAGGAGUAUCGAAUGAGUCAUCAGUGCCGUUAAUAAAACCGUCCUCAGAUAACCAAAAGGAGGACCUAAUACACAAUGCAUGAGAUCCUCCUCCUGAUUUGAAUAAAUGUUUUAUUGCCACUGCAGUCACCUCACUUGUGAUGUUCACUAGUGAGCGGUGCGUCAUACCCUACAAAUAUACACGCAAGCUCCUCGAUAAUACUCCUUUCUACAGAUUCGAAAUCUGAUCCAAUUCAAAACUUGACGUUGUUUUGAGCCCAACUGUUUUAAAAGUAGACUUGAAUUGAAUUAUUUACUAUCAGUAGCUGACUUAAUUUUAAAUUGGUGCUUUCCUUUUCUUUUUGGUGUAAGUAUGAAAACGGUUUACUUUUGCUUUGUUAACAGAAGUGGUUUAAAUUUAUUUCGUUUUUCAUG